GAACGCGCAAGAAAAAGGCAGCUUCUCUUGACGGCUUCACUCUCCAUCCCCAGCCAAUCAUCACCGUCCUCGUCGUCAUCUCGCUCACGGAUGAUUUCUAGGGCUUUGUUGUUUCGCUUUGCAUCUCGAAAGCGGCGAUCCAAUUCAUACUCUCACGACGAGUGGUGCUGAUUCUUGUCGCAGAUCUCGGCCCUGGGGAGACAAGACAGGGUUUGUCGAGGGUUUGAAAUGUGAACUCUGCUUUAAGAUGUUCCAUCAGAGCAAGAUCAAGUUGGCUGCGCUCGUGGGGAUCACAUUGUCCGUGCUUUCUUUGCUUGUGCACAUUUUUGUUGCAAAUUAUUCAGUGGGGGACUUUCUACGAUACAAGUUGCAAGAAGACUACUUAUACCCACAGGGACAUAAACUUUGGCAUCGAAGGUUGUGGGGUCCGGUGAGCUCCUUGGAGGUCUUGCAACCAUAUGCUAAGCCGAGAAAUUUCUACCCUGUUCCAGGUCAGCAGAAUGGUUUGAUAUAUGCAAAAAUCUUUGGUGGAUUUGUGAAGAUAAGAUCUUCAAUUUGCGACCUUGUUGCUAUUGCAAGGCUCUUAAAUGCCACACUCGUCAUUCCAGAGAUCCAACAAAGUGUUCGUUCAAAGGGCAUCAGUAAAAAAUUUAAGAGUUUCUCUUAUCUUUACGAUGAAGAACAGUUCAUAGCAGCACUUUUAGAUGAUGUUAUUGUUAUAAAGAGCUUGCCAGCAGAUCUGAAGGAGGCUAGGAAAAGGACAAAAUUUCCUACAAUAUCACCGAAACGAUCAGCUUCCCCAACUUUUUAUAUCAGAGAAGUCUUACCUAAACUUAAACAAUCAAAGGUUAUUAGGAUGCUAGUUUCUGAUGGAGGAUGCCUUCAGCCUAUCCUUCCAUCAAGCUUGGAUGAAUAUCAGAGACUUAGAUGCAGGGUUACCUUCCAUGCUCUUAAAUUCCGCUCAGAAAUUCAGGCACUUGGCAAACAAAUGGUAGAAAGGUUACAGGCAACUGUUGGUCCGUAUCUAUCGUAUCAUCCAGGCCUUGUCAGGAACACCCUUGCAUUUCAUGGUUGUGCUGAACUUUUCCAGGAUGUUCAUACUGAACUCAUUCAGCAUAGAAGGAAGCAGCUGAUAAAACAGGGAACAGUUGAUGAAGAUCUUAUUGUUGAUUCAGUUUCUAGAAAGACAAAUGGUUCAUGCCCUCUAAUGCCUGAAGAGGUUGGACUUCUUCUUCGAGCAAUGGGAUAUCCACCAAAUACCGUAAUCUAUUUGGCUGGUUCUGAGACAUUUGGUGGGCAGAGGAUUCUAGUUCCAUUGCAAGCCAUGUAUACAAACUUAGUAGAUUGCACAUCCUUAUGCAGUAAGAAAGAGCUGUUAAACUUGAUUGGUCCUGAAUAUCCUCUUACUUCAAAUCUCUCUCAGCCUCCUCCAGUGAAGAGUGAAAAACAACUUAUUGAGGAGUGGAAGAAAGCUGGGCCUCGACCACGACCCCUUCCUCCCCCUCCUGCAAGGCCCUUUUACCAGCAUGAGAAUGAAGGUUGGUAUGGUUGGGUUGCUGAGACUGAUAUAGAGCCUGAGUUUUCGCCUUUGGAUCUUAGGAAGCAAGCACACAGGUUACUCUGGGAUGCUCUUGACUAUUAUGUUUCUGUUGAAGCUGAUGCAUUUUUUCCUGGUUUUAACAAUGAUGGUAGCGGAUGGCCUGAUUUUUCAAGCUUGGUCAUGGGGCACCGACUAUACCAAACACCUUCUGGAGUAACCUAUCGCCCUAGCAGGAAAACACUUGCUGGGCUGUUUGGCUCUGUACAUGAUAACUUGUAUCAUCCAACACACAAUUGGAUGCAACUGGUGCGGGAUCAUCUUAACAAGAGCUUGGGUAUUGACGGACUUCUAGCAGGGGCUAAAUCAUCAAAACCUGCAAAUUUUCUUUCCUACCCUUUCCCAGAAUGUGCCUGCCGAACUUCGAAAUCUUAUGACAUUCCUGCACAUGUGAUGAGCAGCAAUGGUGAGAUAUUGUAUGGAAUUGAGGAUGAAUGUCCUGAAUGGAUGGUUCGUGGCCUAGCAACGGCUUCCUUUAAGACAACUGGUGCCAAAGAUGAGGAUGUUGACGAGAUCGAGUUGCUGGAAGAUGACAAUGAGACAGACGGACAGUCUGAGUCUGAUAAUGGAAGCCGAAGUGACACAAGCAGAUCCAUGGAGCAUGAUGAAGAGAUGGAUCUAGAUGAUUAAAACAUAAUAGUGAAUAGAGAGAUCCAAAUUUGAAAUUGGCUCUUUCGGGAUGAGUUUGAAAGCUGUUUGUCAAGGCUGUAAAGAUAUAACCAAAGCUGCAAUCACUGUGAGUAUUCUUCUUCCGCAAGCAGAUCGAGGACACAUGCUAAGUUGCAGUUGUGGAGUGCUUGUUGAAUGUUCGGUCUCCAUAUACAAUCUACUACAGAAGUUAGCCUUAGCAUUCUUUUUGCUCCUGCCCUCUUUCAUAAAUUCCUUAUUUUAAUUUAAUCUGUACAUUUUAGUCUGUAUCUUUAUGUACAUCAUUCGUUAGUUUGGGGAGGAGUAUAAAAUUUCUUGAACCCAUAAAGAACCAGAGAUAUAAACCACUUUCUGAUCUUUGGACUACCAAAAUUGAUGCUGCUUGUUUCACCUGUGCAGAAAACCAAGUUUGGCUCCUCACAACUACCUAGUGCUAUAUUAAUAUUUCAUACAACUCUACCAAUGCAGUAACAUGGCCAUGUGCGUAAUCAGAUGAAGAUUUCAUGGUCCUGUGACAUCUGAUUUGAGUAUGAUGACAGCAUUGUUUUUGCAUUUAAUGCAUGUUUUGAUGCAAUUCUUGGUCUAUUGAUGUUCGUAUGGCUGAAAUCAACUCCUUUCUCACCAUGCUGUGAAGCUGGCUGUUGUAUCUGCAUUGACCAGUACUCAGCUGGAUCCCCCAUUAGAGUGAAGAAGUAUCUUGGUGUGUGCAGAGAUUGUCACACGGCAUUUAAUUUUAUGUGCAAGAUUGUUCCGGGGGAGAUCAUCAUCAGAGACACCAACCAAUAUGUUUCAUUGUUUCUGAGAAUGAGCAUGUUCUUGUGGAAAUUACUGGUGACUUUGUGAGGGAUCAGGAUGUACAUUAGGAUACUGGUGACUUGUUUUUAUUAAUAAUAUCACCAAACAUUUUCAGCAGGAGUCACAACCUCAGCUACUUGAAGAUUCUUCAGAUCCGCUGACUGAAGUUACAAGGGAUUCAUUUUCAGUUUUGGCAAAUCAAUGAAACACAAGUGUUUUAAGACGUAAGGAGUAUUCAGAAGUAUUGUUGCUUGGCUUCUCAGGAUUUAAUCAUUUCUCUCUUGUAUGAAUUAUUAUUUUUUGCAUUGUUGAAGAAGAGCAUGAUUCCUCUUGAUUCAUCCUUCCCAGAUAAGGAAGCAGAGAUCAUGAGGUAUGUCAAUUCUA